CUGAGACACACACAACAAACCUGCCAACACUGGACUAUGACGAACUCUUUCAUUCUCAGACGGGACGAGUCUGAUUUAUCUUUAUGACUGAGGACUAACCCAUAACCUUUCAUAGAAUAUUUCUGUUUUUAUCAUAUUCUUUACUUCACCUGAAUAAUUCCCUGCACCAGGAAACUUUUAGAGACUUGCUGGGACAGUGACUUGCUGAGAGAUGGAGGCAGAGGAGAAUAAAAUUUCAGUGUGGGUUUGUCGCGAAGAGAAGCUGGUGUCGGGCUUGUCCAAGCGCACGACCUGCGCGGAUGUGAUCCGGGUUUUACUGGAGGAGCAGAACCUGGAGCAGCGCGUCUCUCUCCCGGGCUCUCCUCAGUCCUACUGCAUCGUGGAGAAAUGGAGAGGAUUUGAACGGAUUUUACCGAACAAAACCAAGAUUCUGCGACUGUGGAGCGCGUGGGGAGAGGAACAGGAAAACGUCCGGUUUGUGUUGGUGAAAAACGAGGCGUCUUUACCCAGCAACGGGCCGCGGAGCGCAGAGGCGCGCGUCGUUCUCAGCAAGGAGAGCCCUUGUAUCUACAAGGGGACCGCAAGAGUGACCAUGGCUCUGUCACAGGAGAAACAAAGACGGAUAGUCAGGAAAGCGUUCAGAAAGUUGGAUAAAAUCAAUAAGAAACGGGCGCAGGCUGUGUCUAAAGAUGGCUCAUCUAUGGAGAAGAUGGAGACCCUUGUGCACCUGGUCAUUUCUCAAGAUCACACUAUCCGCCAGCAGAUUCAGAGGAUAAAAGAGCUCGACAGGGAAAUCGAAAGGUAUGAGGCCAAAGUUCAUUUUGACAGAAUGAAGAUGCAUGGGAUCAACUAUGUCCAGGAUACGUAUUUAGUGGACGCCAACCCAGAUAAAGUUGGUGAGGGGGACAAACCGAGCCCAGAAACAGCUCUCGCCCAGUUUGAGGAAUAUUCUCAGAGAUGCGAGGAGGUCAUCAAACUGCAGGAAGAGCUGGCGAACCACGAGGCCCUCAUGGAGAGCAUUACAACUGAGAUUCAAGAGGAACUCAACCAGAGGUGGAUGAAGAGAAGACACGAGGAACUUGCGAAUAAAGACUCUGAAGCCACGUCCGGCGAGACGUCUCUCAGAGUCACAACUCAAGAAAAAGACGAUGGACCUUCAGUGGUGGAUGUAUCGUCUGACAAUGAGUUACUUCUGGAAGAAGAGAGGAUCAGAACCCAACUCGACACCAGUUUGUACAUCGGUCUGCGGCUCAACACUGAUUUGGAGGCCAUAAGGAAUGAUUUGGACUUGACCCAGGAGAUAUGGGGAGCAAAAGAGAAAGAACUGAGGGAUUUAAUGGAGAAAGUCAACUCUUUGGAUUUUGAGGAGGACAGUGAGGCCGAAGCUGAGUUGAAAGAGGAAAACACAAUAGAAACAGACAGAUUGAUGCCUCUCAAGGGGGAAAGUGUGUGGGUGGAGCAGGCAAGAGGGCUUUCAAAAACAUGUGAUGUGAAUGAUGACGACUCAGAUACAGGACUCAGCUCAAUGCAUAGUCAAGACUCAGAUAUCACACCCAUCUGCGAAUCGUUGGUGUAAACAUGUUGGCCUACGUUCAUGUUAUCCCUUGCUGGAUAGUUCAAUUGAACGAUGUAUGUCUUAAUUUAACACAUUUUACAUUUGCAUACAGUAAACAAGCAUAAAGCAGAGACAAACAGAAGUAAUUGGGAAAAAAGGUACUUUCCUGCAAAUCAAAGUGAAAUUACAUUAUCAAAUCACAUUAAGAACACAACUAUGCACUUACUGAGCAUUUUUAGUCAUUUCUUUUUUCAUGUUGAUGUUUAUAAGAAUUUAUGGUAGCUUUUUCUCUACCAUUGAAUAAAAAGAAUAAAAACCGCAAAGUAUGGAAAUUAAAAAAAAAAAAAAAAAAAAACAGAAUUGUGAGAUGCAUUCAGAAUUCUAAGAAAAUUGUGAGAUGUAAACUCAGAAUUCCGAGAAAAAAACAUGAAAUGAAGACUUGAAAAUUCUGAGAAAAAAGUCUGAUUUGUGAGAUGUAAAUUCAAAAUUAUAUAUAACAAAAUCUGAAUUUCUUGAUGGAAACUCAAUUCUGAAGAAAUCUGAAUCGUGAGAUAUAAACAGAAUUUUGAAGGAAAAAAGUCAAAAUUGCAGAGAUGUAAACGUGCAAUUGUGCGAAAAAAGUAAGAAUUUUGAGAUAAAAAGUCACAGUCUUAUUUUUUAUAUUUUUGUUCCGUGGUAGAAAUAAGCUUCCAAUAAUCAGUGUUAACUUCAUGUAUUUGUGAUUAUAGCACUGUUAUUUUGAGAAAAACAUUCAGGAUUGAAAUCAGGGUGGUUGUAUUUUCCUGCACGAGGCAUCAUUUCCAACAUUAUGUAGGAUGUGCUUUGCAGAUCAAUUUUACAAUACAGUAUGGAUUAUGCAUUACGAUAAGCUAUUUAAAGCUGAAGUGUGUGAUUUCUGUGCAUAACCAAAUGGAAUUUUAAAUCAGACUGAUUUCAGUGUUUAAAUAUUUAAUGAUAUUUUAAUAGAUGUUUUGGCAGUGCAAAAGCAUGAAAUAAACAUGAAACAAAAUGUACCUGUCUGCUGCCAAUCUGCAUUGUUGUGACAUUUUUAGUGCUCCAGAGUUGUUUGUCACAUGUUUACAACUCAGGUAAUUGGCUCAAAAAUCUGCUUGCGGAACCCAUGAGCGGAACUGAUGGCAGAAAUUAUAUUAAAUUAUGCACUUCUGGUGAAAUAGUGGCAAGCCAAACAAUAGUCUUUUUGAGAUGACAGGGAUUAUAACAUCAUCUCUGUAUUAUAUACUUCCUUGAGAGAAAGCAUUUUAGCAUAAAAGAAGCACACUUCAGCUUUAAGUUGCAUUAAGGAUUGCUUGAGCUCAAGAAAGGUGCAGUAUAGUUAUGUAUGUGGGAAAACUAAUUUGAAUGACCGCAAGAGAUAUAUAUAUAUAUAUAUAUAUUUUUUUUUUUUUCAGUAAACGUGAGCAAGUGGUGGACA